AUGUCGGGUCGACAGAAAACCUACGCCAUGGGCUCGCACGACGAUGCCCUGGCGGGGCAGAGAAUGUUCAAAAUGCACAAAGUCCUACCGCACCCCACAAGACACAGGAGCGACACUGCGCGUUCCUACGAAGUACGAUCAACUCCCGGGAAGUAUGAUCUGGUUGUCGACUCACUAUCGUCCCAGAUGGACGCGUCGCAGCAACCGAGCCCCCAGACGCUGAGACACCAGCCGAAGCGAAUAGGCAGCGGUCCGGAUUUGCCUCCGACACCGCCUUCACACUCGCGAACCUCGUCGAGCAGUCACUCAAUCCAGCCUCCAAGCCCAGCGCCUGCCGAGACGGUGUCGCAAACACCUACGACGCCUGCGCGUGCGCCUGCCACUCCUACAAACCAGCAAAGCCCGCCAACACCCGACGUUACGCCUCCGCAACCUGCGACUCGCCCCAAGGCUGUUCGACCGAUACCCAUUGAUCGCACAGUCUCGAAGGCUACCACGGCCGAGUCGCGGACUGAGUCGUUUAGAACUGCCAGAGAAGAGCCUUAUUCUUCUGAAGAGGACGACUUGCGAUCGACAGUUCGGCCAAACACACUGUCUGCGCGAACUUCCCAAAACACUGUUCGUCGGGUUUCGGAACCUCGGGCAAAAUCGCCAACGCCGGUUGGACUAGGGCUAGGCCUAGAGUCGCCCUCAGAGGACGCUACAACCCCAAAGGCAAAGAGCGACUUUGGUGCAUUUGAUGGAGAAUGGGCCUCGAACAACGAAGUGGAGCAAGAGUGGGAUGACAACUUGGGCAGGAACGUCACAGUGAGGAAGAGGCGCCAAGAGCCCAAGCCCGCACCUCGGUCUGGGAGACGCAAGGUUGAGAUCCUUGAAGAUCGCGUGGUAACGCCGACAAACGCGACAAAGGCGUUACGUGCGAUGUCGCAGCGCGACAGGGCAGCUUUCUAUGCUCCCAGCGAGAUCGCCUGGUCCAACACGUCAACCUCGGAAUCCUUAGCCACUGCCGAUGCUCGGAGGUUCUCAGGCAUGUCUGCCAAAUCAACGAGAUCAACGAGAUCAAACGCGUCGACGGUUGUUGAGGCGAUCUUGGUGGAUGCCCCUUCAAUCCCACAAAGGCGACAGACCCUCAGACACGUGCGAAAGCAACUCACUCUAAGAGAUUCAGGCUCCAAUCGGUCACCGGCCAGCUCUGCCACGAACUCGGCCGUCCAGCUUGAAGGUUCUCCGAGGCGUCCAAGGCCGCUCCCUCGCCCUAGCGAUAGCCGUCACAACAGUUACGCCUCGAACACGACUUUCAACUCCAUCUCGAGUGGUAAAGCUCGCAGGGAGAUCUGGAAGAACGGUGGCAUCCCGGUGAUCGUUGUUCCGGACCGUCGAUCAUCCGUCAAAUCCAAGUCCAGCAGGGAGCCGUCCCUUAGAUCUACAAGCAGUCGAAGAUCCAAGAGAAGUGCGAGCUUGAAUUCGGCAACCCGUGUUAACGGAUCAAAAAGCCACGAGUUGGCAACCCCAGUAUUUGAGCGGCCGGGGCGGAAAAACCGGUCCAUGUCAGAGUCAGAUGGCUCGGAUCAACGGACGAUUGACUAUCCACCAGUUAUUCCCAAGCGGUCUUCUUCACUAUCUGCACCGACAAGUCGCAAUACAUCGCGCGCAGGUUCGCUGACGGCGGACAGCCUAAAGGCACAAAACGCUUUGUUGAACCAACCCUCAGGACAUGAAACGAGAGCACCCGCCUUGACCCUCCAAAGGGCCACCUCAUCUGAGACCGACAACGGCCACCAUCACCGAGACCACAGGCUCAACGUAGACCGGCACGGAGAUCCCUUCUUCGGCAAACGACUAUCUACUCAAAACACUCCUUUCUCAGCAGCUUCAGUGGAGACUAGUGGUACUGCACCCGAAGUGUCAGAAGCGAAGGCAGUGAGCUUGUACCCUCAUCAGAAUUCAUCCGUCCUCUUGGUGAACCACUCCAACAAGCCCUCAGAGAGCUCCGACGCGUCCCAGACGGACAAGGAGUUGUCGCACACUCCCCAAAGGCCUACGAUAACCACCACUGGACCAGACGGGGAAGGACCUGUGACGCCCCCACAGCCUCAGCAUACCAUGGACGACGUGGACUCGCCGCUCCGCAACCCGCGAGCUGCUCCCCCAGUGCCUCCCUUUAUCCCGCCCGCAAUUCAGUUUAUUCCUGCAACUCCUUCCGGGCUGACACCAAAUCACGAGAGACAGCGCAACAUGGGCAACUAUUUUGAGACGAUGGUAGAUGAGGAGCCUCAGAGAAGUGGAUCUAUAGUUCGCAGGGCGCUGGCCCGAAGGCGGAAUUCCGAAACGUAUCCGCCGAAGAGUGGCAGACCGGGAUUACUGACGAGAACCUUUUCUCUCACGCGUAGAGGUUCGAGCUCAAGGAACCACUCUUCUAUGGAAGGACCUUGCUCGUGCCCAGACUGUGAGGCGCCGCCACCCGAGGACGAUCGACUCCAUCCGCAUUGGCGGCCUGCCUACGCUGAUCACGAGGACGACGUGUGGGAGAGGGAGAUGGAGGACGAGCCCAUCGGCCAGGUGUAUCGGUACCCUCCAAUCGAUAACCGUCCAACUCCACGAAGAAGCAUCAGUGCGCGAGUGAAGAAGACGUUUGCAAUUCUUCCCAAUCGCGGUGCAGAUGACUUCUAUUCGUCAGGGACGCGGGAUGAGCCUGAUCGGCGCACCAUACGCCGGACGGAUAGCGGUAACCUUCGUGUCAUGAGGCGCCGGGGCAGCCUAGACUCUCUUCGCGAUCAGUCACCCAACUCCGGCACUUACUUGAGCGCCGGUGGCCAUCAUGACAACAAGGAAGAAGCUAGUCCGAAGCGAAGGAGACGCUUUUCUCUCUCGGGCACGUUGGAGGGGUUGCAAAACCUUCCGAGACAAAUCAACGAGCGCAAACGAGAGAAGAGGACGCAGGAGCUACGCCAAAAGAUAAGUGGCCCACGCGAAGUGAGAGAUGGUGUAGGAGAUGUCAUUCGACCAAACACAUACCGCGACUCGCACCAACAAACAAACCUGUCGAUCCACCAUUUUUGA